CGUGCCUGUUUCAAAUGCAAACUUUGUUUAAUUCGAAGUUUUUUUCAGGCGUGCAGCUCGCGCCUCCUCCUCCAGGACUUGUAGCUUGUUUUUGUUUCUGCCUUGCCGAGUUCCACCUUCCGCCUGCGCCCCCUCCCCCCCGCCUUUCCGAUUAUCUUGGGGAGGGGGAGGAGACCCGCGCCCUCCUUCAACGGGCUGCCCCCGCGCUGCACUCUGGAUGCGCGGAGCCGAGCAGUCACUGGAAGAGGCGAGCUGACGUCAGGCAGAGAGGUAGUUUCCAGGCUGAGCUGUCAGACCGUAUAGCAGGUUAGGUAUUAAAGGCACAUCUAACAGCCCCGAGACCCCUCCUCUUGAACGGCCUGCGCGCACACAAAGAAGUCCCAUCUCCUCGGCCGGCCAGGAUCCAGCAGCAUCAGCAACUAGUGCUCGCCUCGCCCGAGGCUUUGGAGACAAACACCGCCGGGAGCGCGGCCAGGAGGGGAUAGGGGGGCGGCGCAAAAGACAGAAAAUGAAACCGUCGAGGAAAAGUUUGAACCAAGACAGAUCUGCCAACAGUUCCACAAUGUCUGACAGUGACUUUGGGGAAGAUGAUGGGAGCAUUUCUCAGGACCCAUCCCAGUCUGGCAAGAGGAAACGAAGGGGCAAUCUCCCCAAAGAGUCUGUCAAGAUUCUGCGGGAAUGGCUGUAUGAGCAUCGGUUCAAUGCGUACCCUUCAGAGCAAGAGAAACUCAGCCUAUCAGGGCAAACAAGCCUCUCUGUUCUACAAAUUUGCAAUUGGUUCAUCAAUGCCAGGCGCCGACUUCUCCCUGAUAUGCUGCUAAAGGAUGGCAAAGACCCAAACCAGUUCACUAUUUCUCGCCGAGGCACCAAAGCCAGUGAUGUAGCACUUUCCCGUGGAGCUGCUGCAGGCUCUGGACUCUUGAUGGUGCCUCCUGCUGCUGCUGCAGCCACUACAUCCAAGGUCCUCUCCGUGUCUGUGUGCCCCCCCGUGAUCUGUCAGACGUCUCGGCCACUGGCUGGCAACUUGACUGUGAUGACUGGAGACCUAGAGAAACGAUCCAUGCUGCAGCGGAUUGAGCUGGAAUCCCAUACCAAGCAGUCGCAGCUGAGUGCAACAGGCAACACGCUGGCUCUUCUCACCCGGGCAGAUGCCUCCAGUCCCACCAGUGGACUCUUCAACACGCCUCCUCCCACACCACCUGAGCUCUUCGGAGAGGACUUCAGCAGCUUCCAGUUGCUGGUGGAAGUGGCUCUGCAAAGAGCAGCUGAGCUUGACUCACAGAAGCUGAGUGGGCAAUUGCCUCCAUCACCACAGAGAGAAUCAUCUCCGGCAAAAACCAAGUAAUUUCCUGCAGCCUCUGGUUUCCUCUUGGAAGCAGCCUUUUCUUUCUCCCCCAGGAUUUCUUUUCGGUUGGCUUUUGCAGCGAGAGCUCCCAUUAGAAGUUAAUGCUGUGAUACGGUUUCUUGUGAUACCGGGAACUGUUACGGUGGAAGCCUCCAUUCUCCUCUAUGCUGCCAACUGACCUUGGACACAAGGCACCCCCAACUUUACAUGAACAUUUCCCUCAAAGGAGGAGGGCACACUACUUCCAUCCUUUGGGUUGGCAUCAGGCUAUGGAGCCAGUCAGUAUCUCUCUGAAGCCGCCCAGAGGAGAUGGUCUGUCUGUUCAGGGGUUCCUGGCUCCAGGCUGUUCUUGGAAAGGCCCCAAACUUGAACAUCUUCUGAGAAGAUGUAGUUGCUGGUUGAUGUUUUUAUAAUGCUUGACUCUUUUUUAAAAAAAAAAUGUGGUGGAGGAUUUAGACAAUACUUCUUACCUCCUUCCUGCCCCUCCCUUCUUCCCCCAGAUUUUCAAAACUUACUGACAUGGACUAGGACGAGAAAACAGUCCAAAGCAAUUUAUCAGAAACAAAUACUCCCCCCCCCCCUUUGAUAACAGAAGACAAGCAAAGAGCUAUUUCACCACCUUCGGCUUUUUUUUAUAGAGUACAUACUAUUAAUUUUAAGUUCCUUGAAGGGGGCAGGGAAAUGUUUCUGUUCCUCUCUCAUUUUCUUUUAAAGUUGUACCAUGUUGUAGCGUAUUGUUGAACUGGUGUGAAUAUGUGGCUGGUCCUUACAUCACACCCAAUGGGAGCCUCCCAUAAUGAACAAACAAAGUGGCAGCCUUUAAAGAUUGUGGCAUUCUUUCUGUUGGACAGGAAGAGCAGUUGAGCAUCACCAUGUGAAUCCUGGUGCCAGUAAAAGAAACUUAAAAGCAUUAUGGUGCUUUGGAUAAUCCACUUUAGAUGUUGGCAGAAAUUUAGCUGGUUUUUUUUUUUUUUGGAUAACAGGGCAUUCUUCUGUCUACUCCUUCUUCCAUUUGUCCUGAUAAGUACAACGCUAGAAGAGAGAGAGGACUAUGCUGGCAGAAGGGUAGCCAUAAACCUCUGAAGAGGGCAUUUCAAAAGUGUGGAGGAGUAAGA